AUGGAUACCAAUCUUUCGUAUGAGACCGUUUCAACCGAUAUCAAUAAAUGUUGGCACGAAAAAGAGCCAUCAAUUCCCAAUGGCUAUCAUCUCCACCGACAAUUGGUGGCAUCUCAUACCUAUUAUGCUGAUUCUGUUCAAAGUGCAGAGGAGAUUUCAAGAGGUUUCUCAACUGGAGUUUUUGUCGGCGCAAUUUUCGGUGGACUGGUGCUUGGAUCUAUCAUAACUUCAUCUGUCUUUAUUUAUCUUUUGCAAAGAGCAAGGAAAGAACAGGAGAAGAAGAACAAUGUCUUCCACAACUGUAACCAAAACCCAGCGUACGAGAACGGGGAUUAUGAUCAAAUGAAUACAAGAAACAAGACACAAAACCCUACAAAGGUAUCGAAUGUUAAUCCCUUUCCGAGAGAGCACAAUAUUUCUACUCCCAACGCGACAGAAGACGGUGUAUAUAACCAUUUAAAUGAAGCAGCUACAGCUACAACAAUUACAGAUGACGUCUACGACCACGCCAGGCCGCAUUCCUUGACGUCAUUCCAUUGUGAGGGGUACGGGACUUUGGUGUUUGAUCACGAAGGAAAUGAUGUUUACAUGAAAGGGGAUAUAGACAAGGAAGCUGAAUGUAGUGUUGGAAUGGACACUAAAAAUGAACACACUGCCCAUAAUUACUUUGUCCUUGAAAAAGAAACCAUCUAAUAGAUAGAAUUUUUUAAACCUCUCAUACAUGGAUAAAAGAAAGCAGUUUAUAGAAUAUGUUUUGAUUAUUUUCUAAAUUCUAUUAUUCAAUUUUUCAUUUUUUGUAAUUUUA